AUGUUGUCGCUCCGCCCUCUCUACCUCCUGGCAGCGCUCGCGUUGAGCGGCACCGUCGGUCCGGAACCCUACAACACCUUCGACGGGCCCGGGUUCCUCGCCUGCCAUGACGUGGCGGCAGUCCACGACGCGAGGAGCGUGGACGAGAUCCAGUCAGUUCCUCUUCCGGGACGCCGCCGCCGCCGGCCGGAAGGUCCGCGCCUCGGGCAAGGCACACAUGUGGUACGACACCAUGUGCUCCAAUGA